GAAUUGAGGAGGGUUUUGAGCUUGUGUUUUUCUUUUCCAUCAUAUUUCAUCUUCAAAGCAAAUGCGUCAUGAUUAUUGGCUUCAAUGAAUAAAACGGAAAAAAAGGAAAUUCUAACAUCUAGUAUUAAGAAUCAAAUUAAUCGGAAAUGGUGCGUAAUUCCUUAUAUAUAAAGGAAACUGAUUUUCACCAAAAAAAAAAUAAAAUAAAGGAAACUGAUUAAACUAUGCAGGUCUUUGCGACAUGCAAGCGUUUCUAAUGCAAAGCCUUUAGCAUUAGAGCCCAACCUGAGAUCUUAUAUAUUCAUGUCUGCAUUCCCGCCCAAAACUACCUUCUCCACCUCGUCUCUCUCUCUCUCUCUCUCUCUCGCCAUGGCUUCUAAAGAAACAGAUGAUGAACAACCUGAUCAAGUAAAAGCCUUAGCAGAAUUUCUAAUACGCCACUACUCUAGUCAGCUCCGUUCAAUUGUUCUCGCUGCUGACCCUAAGCUUCACUAUCCUCUCUUUAUUCAUUUUGCAGAGUUAAUGGAUGAAAAUCCUCUGCUUUCCCAUCUUGUAUUCUCUCAACCGACUGAGUUUUUGAGGCAUUUUGAUAAGGCUGCUUUGUGGGCUCAUAAAAUUGUGUUGAAGAAUCUGGAUUUUGGGGAGAAAGGGAUUGAGAAGAAAUUCAUUCAUGUUCGUAUUAAUGUCAGUGGAUCUCCACUUGAAUGCCCUGAGACUUUCCCAAGCAUUGGGAGAGUGAGAGUGAAGCACCGAGGAAUUCUUCUGACUUUGAAAGGAACUGUGAUCAGGUCUGGGGCAAUAAAGAUGUAUGAAGGGGAGAGGAUGUAUCGGUGUCGUAAAUGCAAGCAGGAGUUCCCAGUGUAUCCUGAGCUUGAGAGUAGAAACUCCAUAACACUACCAUCAUUUUGCCCCUCUCUGAGGUCUAAACCUUGUGAAGGUGCGAGAUUUGAUUGUGUAGACGAUACUGUAAUACGUCAUGACUAUCAGGAAAUCAAAAUACAAGAAAGUACACAGGUCUUAGGUGUUGGGGUUAUUCCUCGGUCAAUUCCUGUCAUCCUAACAGAUGAUCUUGUUGACAUUGUUAAAGCUGGAGAUGAUGUUAUUGUUACUGGAAUUUUGACUGCAAAAUGGUCUCCUGAUUUAAAAGAUGUACGGUGCAAUCUUGAUCCUGUAUUAGUUGCUAAUCAUGUGAGGAGAUCAAAUGAGCUGAAAUCAGACAUUGACAUCCCCCGUGAUGUAAUCAUGAAAUUUGAACAGUUUUGGUCAGACUUGAAAGAUACUCCUUUAAAAGGGAGAAACACCAUUUUACAAGGCAUUUGCCCACAGGUUUUCGGACUUUUCACUGUGAAACUGGCAGUUGCAUUAACUCUCAUUGGAGGCGUGCAACAUGUAGAUGCUUCUGGGACAAAGAUUCGAGGAGAGUCUCACUUGCUUCUGGUUGGUGAUCCAGGUACUGGCAAGUCUCAGUUCUUAAAAUUUGCUGCAAAAUUGAGCAACCGGUCUGUUAUCACUACUGGGUUGGGGAGCACUGGUGCAGGACUAACUGUCACAGCUGUCAAGGAUGGAGGGGAAUGGAUGUUGGAAGCUGGGGCCCUUGUUCUUGCAGAUGGAGGCCUCUGCUGCAUUGAUGAAUUUGAUAGUAUGAGAGGACAUGACAGGGCAACAAUACACGAGGCAAUGGAGCAGCAGACAAUUAGUGUUGCCAAGGCUGGUCUUGUAACAACUCUUAGUACAAGAACGAUUGUCUUUGGUGCAACAAAUCCCAAAGGACAAUAUGAUCCUGAUCAGACUCUGUCCGUCAAUACGGCACUCUCGGGUCCAUUAUUGAGCAGAUUCGAUAUAGUCCUUGUUCUCUUGGAUACAAAGAAUCCUGAAUGGGAUGCAGUCGUGUCUUCUCACAUUCUUGCUGAGAAGGAAUCAGGGAAAGGCAAUGAAAAUGAUGAUUUAGCUAACAUUUGGACAUUGGCUAUGCUUCGAAGGUAUAUUCAUUUUGUUAAAGGGUACUUCAAGCCAAUUCUCACAACCGAAGCUGAAAAGAUCAUCUCAAGUUAUUAUCAACUUCAAAGAAGAUCGGCAACUGAUAAUGCAGCAAGGACAACUGUGCGUAUGCUGGAAAGUUUGAUACGCCUAGCCCAAGCACAUGCAAGACUUAUGUUCAGAAACGAGGUUACUACGUUAGAUGCCAUUAUGGCAAUUCUAUGCAUUGAAUCAUCCAUGACUACUUCAGCCAUCGUGGACAGCAUCGGAAAUGCCCUGCACUCAAAUUUCACGGAAAAUCCUGAUCAGGAAUAUAUGAAGCAAGAGAGACUUAUCCUUGCAAAGCUGAGAUCGAUUGAUGAAAGUUCUGACAUAAACAUCACAGAAAGAAUGCAUAGAUAAGGUUUCCAGAAAGCAAGAGCAUGUCGGCCGAAUUAAAGUUUCUUUGGGGGCAGAAGUUCAUGAUCACAAGCACUUAUCUGCAGAAACUACGAUUUUGAUAGGCAAGGAAAGGAAAACUUGUAAAAAGAAAAAAAAAUAGAAAUAUAUUUUUGUAGUUCUCGUAAAUGAGGGUUUGAGUCUUGUCAGGUUUAUUGUUAUUUCACCUGCAAAGGAGUUUGUUUGACUAGUGCAUAGGUAUAUAAAAUUCAAAGACAGGUUCAACAACUUCAA